AUAUAAAGAUAUUAAUUAAAUAUGUAAAGAAUAUAAAUAUAAAGGAUGAUAAAGAUCCGGUGUUUUAACGUUACCAGUAUUUAAGAAUAUAUCUGUUAGCUGAAUAUCAAUGAAUUAGUACACAAACUGCAAUUUGAUCUAAAAACAAUAUUCUUGAUGGCAUCUUCUGAGUCCAGACUGAUUCAUCUGGAUCUUAAAGGCUCUCCAUUGAAAAUUGACUAUUUGGAAAAGUUGUUCCCGGUAUUGCGAGAAUGGGGAGCUACGGGUCUACUGAUAGAAUGGGAAGACACAUUUCCAUACUUGGGACGGUUGGAAGUUCUCCAAUCUCCCUCUGCGUGCUACACUUUGGCCGAGAUACGGAGAAUCCAUAGCCUAGCUGCAGCAAACAACCUGACUGUGGUACCAUUGAUACAGACCUUCGGACAUUUUGAGUUUGUUCUGAAGCAUCGUCAGUUUGCAGAGUUACGUGAAAUACCACAAUACCCAGCGUCUCUGUGUCCUAGACACCCAGAAUCUCUACCACUCGUCAGCGAGAUGUUGGACCAGGUGAUGGAUGCAUCGGAGGGUGUUACACUCUUCCACAUUGGAGCCGAUGAGGUCUGGCACAUGGGAGCCUGCUCUCGCUGCGCUUCUCACGACAAGCAUCGUCUGUUCUUGACACACUUGACAAAUGUCUUGCAACAUGUGCGACAGCGACACCCUCACUUGCAACUACUCAUGUGGGACGAUAUGAUGCGACAGAUGGAUCCGGAUCUGCUGCUUGAAUUCAAGAUCGGAGAGCUGGUUGGUAUAGUUGUUUGGCAUUACCAGGCUGCACACACGUUUUCAUUGAAUGAGGACAUGUGGGCCAAGUACAGUUUGGUGUUUGGUCGUGUUUGGUUCGCCUCGGCCUACAAGGGAGCGACUGGUAGUUGUCAAAUGCUGCCUGUUGUCUCACAACACAUCUCCAACCAUCAAAAAUGGCUGGCGACGGCCGCACAGGUGGAGGGGAGGUUCCAGAUCUGUGGCAUCGUACUGACUGGCUGGUCAAGGUACGACCACUACGCAACACUGUGCGAGCUGCUUCCUCCCUCACUACCCUCAUUGGCUCUGUGUUUACGUACCUGGAUUUCCCGCAAGUAUGAUGACUCGCUGUUAAGUGUUGUCAGCAAAGAGCUCGGGUAUUCGGAGAAAAUACAGUUGAACCCGUACCCAAAACCUCAGGUUAUUGCCCAGGAACUAUCAUACCCUGGGUGGAAGUUGGCGGUUGGUGUGGAGUGGUUAGCCAACCUACGAGCCAAGCAGUCAUUUAUCACCGAUAGUGAUCAGGUCAACACUUGGCUCAAUCCUUGGCAGAUUGAAAACAAUUUCACCAAUCCUAUGCAGAUAUCAAGUCUCUACAAUAGUUUCAAUGAGUUGCUUCAAGAAUGGUCCUCGCUAGAAAGGUAUCUGCAGGAACAUCUUACAGAAGUAUAUUACAACAAAACUAUAGAAGAAUGGGUCGGAACUCUAGUAACGCCUCUCACUAGAAGGCUUCAACAGCUCAAAGAAAGUGCCAAGGAUCAACUAGUAAAAGCAGGCUGUCUAUCAGUCUCAUAGUAACCAAUGUUAUCAGCAUGGUUAUAUAAUUACAUCCUCUCUCAUCUCGGCCUGGGUCGUUUAAUACAGGCAACUAUGUAAACAUGUAAAAUAUUG